UGCUGCACAGAGCGGUAGGGUAGGAGGCUGAGCGAGAUAGGUGGUAUUAUCUGUCGCUUCACCCCACUCUACUCAACUGAGCUAGAUUGCUAUCUUCUAAGCAGCCUGCCCCCACCCUGUUGGAAAUGAUGAAACAUUUGUGACUGACCUCCAGUGACUGAGAAGCUUCCGACCGGAGAUGUUUCUUUCAGGACUGCGCUGAAACAUAGGCUGGGAUCCGACCUUUCUCACGGUCCUGAGGAUGUGUCUCAGCCACCUGGGGGUGAGGCCCCUGCCACAGUGACCAGAGCCGAAGGAACUCUAGAGACGAUUUCUCUGAUACCCAGGAGAGAGGUCUCCGGGACAGUCCCGCUGGCCGUGCUCCUUGGCGACAGGGUGCCCAGGGUGGAUCCACCCACAUCUUUUCCUGCCACUCCCCUCCAGAGAUCCUGAGCCCCACUCACAACCCGAAGCUGCCCUGCGAGGAGCACAUCAUGCUGACGGAGUGAGUGGCCCCGGAAGAACCGGCGCGGCUUCCUUUCAGGCUGAUGAGAAAUGAAGCUCUGGCAAGGAGUAGUGAUCGCAGUGGUGUCGCUGGUCCUGCAGGCCUGCCUCCUCGCAGCCAUCAACUACCUGCUCAGCCGGCACAUGGUCAAGGAGAAUGAGCGGAUACUGAAAGAGGCCAGGCUCCAGGUCCCCAUACUCAGCCCUGCCCAGCCCCACGCACCUGCUGUCAAGGAGAUAAAGGAAGCUCGGGCAGAGAGAAACCCCCCUGCGUCUGAGCCCCGAUACCGGCGAGGCCCUGCAGAUGACAGCGACACAUCCUCCGAUAGUUCUGACAGCUCAGACAGCUCGCCGCCCACCCGCCAGGCCACCAAGGAUGUGAACUACACACAAGUGAUCUUUUCAGCCCCUGGAGGACGAAGAAAUGAAUCCGUCCUAGACUAUGAGAACAUAAAGGAAACGACAGAUUACGUCAAUGUCAACCCCAAAAGCCAUAAGCCCAAUUUCUGGGCUUUUGUGAACCCUGCCUCUGAGCCAGUGGAAUACACUCAAGUGGCCGUGUGAAUUCUAGGCUUUGCAGUGGCAUGCAGUGCCUUAUGAAUUCUUGCACUUAGACUGUAGGUGAAUUACGGAGUUUUGUUUUGUUUUUUAAACAAGGCAUAAGAAACCUGAGUCUUUCUUGCAUCUCCGCAAGAACGAUUCAAAUCAGGAAGCCUUCCAGGUGAUGUAUGAAAACAUUGGAGCAUCUCAGUAGAGAAGGUCAUGAAGACGCUCGCCAGCGAAAAAUGUGUCGAGGUUUUCAUCAGCUGUCAUCGUUCUGUUUGACGGUCUUAUAAGUAAAUGCCUCUCUGAGCUCUUGAAUUAUUGCCAAUAAACAAUCCCUAAAAGUUUAAAAUAAAACAGAAACUACUCGUUCCUCUUUUCCUCUCACCUAAGCUUGCACGCUGUUCCUUUUUCAGCGUUGUUAUCUUGCUGAGUAAUCCUCCCCUCCCCUCAGAACUUUCAACAGUGCCCUUGGAAAGCCCACCAGCACUCCACCUUCAAAGCUGCAGUUUCUUGGGAACGAAAGAUAACAGGGUACUAGUGCCAGCCAACAUCACAGUCUGUUAUUCCAAGGAAAAUCUUUCCAAAUUUAAUCCAAUAAAAUUCAAUAUCCAUCCUG